AUGAAUGCUAAAAUAGGCAAACAGCGUGCACAACCGGAUGACCUGAUGGCUACGGGUGGAUUAAUGCCGCUCAUUCAGGCCCUCAUAAAACCACCGGAGUCAAUCGACUCUUUGGGUCGCAAUCAACAAAAGCGUCAAAGUCAUCCUUACUACAGAAAACCUGGACGAGGUCAUAACAACGAUACGUGCGAUUCGUGUAAUGAAGGAGGUGCUCUGCUUUGUUGCGAUCGAUGUCCAUCAAGCUUUCAUUUGGGAUGUCACGAUCCGCCAUUGUCGGAACAAGAAAUUCCUUACGGGCAGUGGGUCUGCCACACGUGUAGAUAUAAAAUGUCAACGGGUUUGGAUGGCCCAAUCUCAUCGGAGACAGAGGAAAAAUUGCGAUUACGUGAUCGUAGUUUAUCACACAAAAGCUCUAAUUCGAGUACCUCCGUUGGCAAACUUUCGAAUGACGGAGAUAAUAACGAUGGUCUAGCGUCUUUAAGCGAACCAACCACACCUCCAUCUGAGGCCCCCGUACCGUUAACUACGGCCAAUGCAUUGGUUUCUGUUGAACCGAUGAUGUCUGAAACAGAACCAAGAGAAGAAUCAAUGACGGCAGAAAAGUGGAAUGAGUAUCCAACUUAUAGCCCGUUUGCUAAACUUAUAGAAGCAGCAAAAAUGCUGAAUCCAAAACAGUUUGAACUUCCGUUGGACAUGGAAAUGUGUUUUCCAUUUCCUGGCACUGAAAAAGCAGAUAAGCUAGGAAAAAAAGCCAAACUGAGGAAACUGCACGAACUUGACAGUCAGGGAUUGGUACCUUUGCCUGCUAGAACGUGUCACGUUUGUGGUGCGUCUUGUCGCAAAGCUCCCUUGGUUGCUUGCGACUAUUGCGACCUGCUAUUUCAUCAGGAUUGUUUAGAUCCUCCGCUCACAGCAAUGCCAACCUCCAUGUGGAUGUGCCCGAAUCAUGUACAACAGAUCAUUGAUGAAAAAAUGGUCACCUCAGUGUCUGCGACAGAACGCAUACGGUUGUGGAAUCAAUUUAGCAAUGACAUCGAUCAUGAAACAGUGAAAACGGAUUUUCUACGCAAAGUUCAUCGUCGGAAUCCACCCUUUAGGCUGAAGCAAAAGAUCCGUGAACGGACAAAGAUCCUGAUACCUGCAGCGAUUGAAUAUCACUAUCAAAAUCCUGCGCCGCUACUUCCAACACUUCGCAGAUUUCUUCGAUCACGUCAGGUGAACCCGUCUGCACAUUUCAAAAAUGUGGGCUCACAACCGUAUGAUGACAAGGCAUUGCUGCAAAUUGUGGAACGUGAACUGCAAGCAAUCGAAAAGGCAGACGAAAAGAUGGGCUUUGAGAAAAUGGAGACCGAUGAUUGCGAUAGCAGUGACGACAGUACCAGUCAGAAUGAAAAAUCGAUGGGCAAAAAUUUGGCGAAUGGAAGUGAGAAUAGCAAUCGUUGCGAUAAACCUGUUGAUUGUUCAAAUACAGGAAAAUGUAGCAAAGACAUGGAAAAUGAUGUAACUGAUUGUAAAAAAGUUACAAAUCGUGUUGAACUAAAUAGUAAAGCUAUCAAAAAUGAACUACAUGGUCGCAAUACACAUGAUGAAGAAGGUAAGGAUGAUCUAGUGAGUCGAGAGUUAGAAUAUCUGGAUCCGGUGUUGAUCCGACUUCUAGCAUUGCAACGGAUGCAACAACUAAUCGUCGAUUAUCCCGAUAUCGUGCAGUCGUCUUCAGAUAAUGAAACAAAUCGAAGCGAGAUUAUUAAACAGUUAAGCCAGAACGAUGAUCUCAAAAAAAUGCCCCUUCCCAGCCAAUUGCUGACAAAAGAAGAUAUUGAAAGAAUAGCGCGAGAAUUUACAACGGCAAAUGGUAACAACGCAAAAGAAACCAGCAAAGCAAAUGUGCACGGCGGUAUGCAAAAUGUGCGGAAAACGAUUAAGAGAAUGAUUUCCAGCGAGUUAUCUGAUGCAACGGAACCAAACCCUGCGAAGAUUAACGGGCUCACUGGCUUGACGGAACGUAUCGUGAAUCAAGCUCAGCAGCAACAAAUUCGCGUCCGUGCUGCUCUCACAUGGGUCGAUUUGGAUCAGGAAGGAUAUUUUUCCUUCGAGAAAGUAGAUGCUUCUGAUGCUAUUUGCAUGUCGUAUCGUUGUUUAACAAUAGGCUCUGGUCCGGGAAAUGACUUGACAUUGGUUAAAUACGGUGAUUGUGCAUCCACGUCUAGUCGGCAUGCAAUCAUAUUUUAUGAUGAGGUAACUCGAAUGUUCGAGUUGAUAAACUACUCCGAGUUUGGGACGGAGGUUAACGGUCAUUUAUAUGCUUGCGAUUUUACUGAUCACACGUCAGAAAGAAGGCACAAAUCGGCGGACCAACAUUCUACCCGUGUGAAUUUUCUCGCUGAAAGCAAAAAAUCGAGCAGUGACGGGCAGGAAAAUGGCACGAAACAAGAUUCCCGAAAUCAGCUCAGACAGGAUCUGCAAAGCAUACUUGAAAAAUCUCGUAAGACGUGUGCACAAACUAGAGCGGAAGAGUUUUAUGCUUCUACAAGUAUGGCCGAUAGGCCCCUGCCAGUGUGCCAAUGUGCACCUGAAAGACGCAUACCAACUCGAGCGUGCGGUUGGGAGGGCAGUGCCAUCUUGUAUCACGGUGCAAUGCUUCGUUUCGGUUGUCACGCGUUCAUCUUCACCAUUGUCGACUACGAUGACGGUGGGGACGAGCUCGAAGACUCUUACCUGGAUAGUGACAGCGACUAA